UUCUUCCCCAUUUUGACAUUAACAAAAAGAUAAAAGAUACUUUUAUUUAUUAAUGGGAAAUAGCGGAGUACAACGGAAGCAUUAAGAAAAAAAACAAGAUAAUUAAGGAAAAGAGAUAGAAAUUCUAGGGGUGUCCUAGUUUUCGUCUUCGGUUUCUUCCUCGUCGUUGUCGACGUCCAUCUCAUCACCAUCAAUGGCGUCAUCGAACUCGUCUUCAUCCGGGGAGCUUGACGGGGCAUAGGAGGCAUCGUCUUCGUCCUCGUCACCGUACACUUGCCCAAAGAACGUGCCAUGGUACGGUGGGGGGACGUAGUUAACACGUUGGAAGUACGCGUUCAUGGCGUACCCUUGGCGUUGGACCGCCUCGUCAAGCCUCUCAAGGUAGCCAUCCAUCCCGUCAACUUUGAAGUGCAGCCGGUUGAGGGAGUCGGCGAUGGAGGCGAGGUUGGCCCGGGCCUGGGGUUCGGCUGGGCCAGCGGCAGGGGCAGUGCGGCGUGGCACGGCAGUGGCAGGCGCGGCGUUGUCCGACCGCUUGGUGAAGGUUUGUGUGCUGAUCGUCUAAAGCUUCGUGGCCUUCGUGAGCGGGCCAACGGUGGUGGUUACCUUGAACCGUUCAAGGAUGUCCAUCACCAAAAACGGGUACGGGAGGAGGUGAUCGUGGUCGGUGGACGCGGCGAUCGUCAUGUUGAUCAUGACAAACUUCGCCCAAUUGAUUGGGGCCGAGUGCAUGAUCGCAUGGACGAGCUUGAGGUCCUCUCCGGACAUGAUUGUGUGGCCGUGCUUCCGGGGUUUGAUGAUCCGGGAGACGACGUAGAGGACGAGGCGGCCUUCGGGGGUAGCGGAGUGGAUGGUUGGGUGGCCCGAGGCAUGGCGGAUGAGCUCGGUGAUGCCAAGCUCGUUGAGGAUAAGGCCCUCGUUGUUGAGCACCCAGUCCUCUUCGCCAUAGUGGGACACAUCGUCGCCUUGGAAGGGAGGCCGACGAUGCGCCCAAGCUGCUCCACGGUGAGCUCAAUCGGCGUGCUCUUGACAAGCGAGUAGAGCAUGUCGUCCUCACGCCGGAGGUUGGAGUAGAAGGCCCGGAUCAGCGCCGGGUUGAUCUCCUUUCGAGCCCGGGAGACGAACGGCCAAAGGCCGGCUUGAUGAAGCUGUGCGUCAAGGUCGUCGUAGCCCUGCAGCUCCGGGUAGCGCUCCGGGAUGAUCCGUGGUAGAGCCACAACCCGUUUAGAGAAGAAAGUGAGAAUGCGGGU